GUUGAACAAGUGAAUAAAAAGAAAGUUCAAAUAAAAGAACACUCUUUAAAGUUCUCUAAGUCUCUCCAAAAGUCUUUCAAGUAAUCUCUAAUUGUUCUUCCAAAUUUUCUAUCAUACUUAGAAGGUUUCUUAUCUUGGUUAUAUCGAGUUUCUCGGGUAUUACGGUCUUGGGCUAGUGCUAAGCACUAUCGAUUUUGGUUUCUUUACAUGGUAUCAGAGCCAUUCUAAUCUUGAGCUCAUCAAGAUCGGGGUUAUAGAGAACUCGGGUUUACUCUAAGUAUGGAAUCUACGGGUCGCGUUGUUGGAUUGGGAAUGGAGAUCUUAAACCAAUCUAACUACCGGUUAUGGAAGUCAUGUAUGGAGUCAUACUUGGUUAGUGAAGACUUAUGGGAUAUCGUCGGCGGAAGUAGUACUUCACCACCUACCGGAGAUGCUGCAACCGCGGAAGCGACGAAGGAGUGGACACGUAAAAAUGCCAAGGCGGAGUUUGCUUUAAAGAGGUCAAUAUCCUCAGGAGUUUUUGAGCAUGUCUCAAGGUGCACAUCCGCUAGUUCAAUGUGGCAAGCAUUAGAUCGAUUGUUCAACAAGAAAAACGAAGCUCGUCUACAAUUGUUAGAAAACGAGUUGGCGAAUGCGAAGCAGGGGGAGUCUUCAAUUUCAGAGUUUUUCAUCAAGGUAAAGAACCUUUGCUCUGAGAUCAAUAGUCUUAAUCCGGAGGAAUCAAUCUCGGAUGCUCGGUUGAAGCGGUUUAUUAUUCGAGGUCUACGACCCGAGUAUACACCGUUUGUUACUUCGGUUCAAGGAUGGGCUACACAACCUUCCUUGGAGGAAUUUGAAAAUUUGCUCGCUUCGCAAGAAUCACUAGCGGUACAAAUGGCGGGAGUCAAAAUUCAUGAUGACUCAGGGAGCGCCUUUGUAGCUAGGAGGCAACAAAACUUCAAAGCCAAAUCCAAUGAUGGUGGUCCAAGAAACAAUGAUGGACAUGAAGGAUCUUCUAAGGGAGAUAAGAAAAAAUUUAAGUGCUAUCGGUGUGGAAAACUUGGGCAUUUUAAAAAGGAUUGCCGAGUCAAGCUGAAGGAAACAAACAUGGCGGAAUCAAAAGAUCAUAAUGAAGACGAAGAAUGGGGAAAAUGUUUUACGGUGGAGGCUGCAUCUUCAAGUACAUCUACACCUAAGAAGGUGGAAAAUAAUUGGAUCGUAGAUUCGGGUUGUAGCCAUCAUAUCACCGGAGACGAGAAAUUAUUUUCUAGUCUUCAACGCCAUGAUGGAAAAGAAGCAAUCAUUACCGCGGAUAAUUCAAUCCAUCACGUUGAGAAAGAAGGAACGGUGGUCAUCAAAGGAGAUGAUGGAAGCCCAAUCACUCUCGAGAACGUUUACCAUGUUCCUGGAGUAAAAAAGAAUCUUCUCUCCGUGGUAAAUGCGGUGGACUCAGGUAACUAUGUUUUAUUUGGCCCAAGGGAUGUUAAAUUCUUAAAAAAUAUCCAAGAGUUAAAGGCGGACGUGGUUCACACUGGAGCACGGGUGAAAGAUUUAUACGUUUUAUCAGCGUCAAACUCUUAUGUGGAGAAGAUGAGCACCAACGAUAAUGUCUUUAUAUGGCAUGCUAGGCUUGGUCACAUAAAUAUGACUAAGCUCAAGGUUAUGGUGAAUAAAGAUUUGGUGAACGGGCUCCCAAAGUUGAAGAUCCAAGAUGAAGGCACAAUUUGUGAAGGAUGUCUAUAUGGAAAGUCUCAUAGGCUUCCAUUUGACUAUUCCACUUCAAGGUGCAGUUUUCCGUUGGAGAGGGUUCACAGUGACUUGAUGGGCCCGACAAGAACACCCUCAUAUUCCGGGUAUCACUACAUGUUGUUGUUCGUUGAUGACUUCUCACGGUACACUUGGGUAUACUUUGUGAAGGAAAAAUCUGAAGUAUUCUCCAAGUUUCUAGAAUUCAAGGUUACCGUGGAAGGGGAGUUAGAGAGAAUUUACAUGUCCGCAUACACCUCAGCAAAAUGGAGUAGCAGAGAGGAAGAUCAGACAUCUAAGUGAGACGUGUAGAAGUUGGCUCCAUGGCAAAGAUUUGCCUAAGGCGUUAUGGGCGGAAGGCAUGAGAUGUGCUGCCUAUGUCAUCAACCGGAUGCCACUUAGUCCAAAUAAUAUGAAGUCUCCUUA